UCCAAACACAGUUACACAUUCAGUCUUGCAUGUCUGGACAUCAUGAUCAAUAAGGAGUCCCAGUCUUCAGACCACCUUACAGUAGCCUCACGCAGAGGGGUAAGGAUGGCAAAAGUGGCUGUUGUUUUAGCUGCCGCUUUUAUGCUUGCCAGCAUAGCAGUUAUCAUUUCUAUAGCAGUUGUACAGACCCAUAAGAAGACUUAUGUUUCUCGUGGACUUAAGUAUGGCAUUGUUUUGGAUGCAGGCUCUUCCAGGACUACCGUUUAUCUCUAUGAAUGGCCUGCAGAGAAGGAAAACAACACUGGGGUUGUGAGUCAGACAACUAAGUGUCAAGUUGAAGGCCCUGGAAUUUCAGAUCUUGGUUUAGAUGAAGAUCAAGACAAAACGACAUGGAAAAGCUUACAUGAGUGCAUAGAAAAGAUGACUGAGGCCAUUCCUUCCCAUCAGCAUAACUCGACCCCUGUCUUCCUUGGGGCAACAGCAGGGAUGAGGCUCCUACACAUGACAAAUGAAGGGAGAUCCAACGAUGUCCUGAAAAAAAUGAAGAACUACCUUAGCUCUCUUCCUUUCAAAUUCCAAAAUGCUUCUAUCAUUUCUGGACAAGAAGAAGGCCUUUAUGGCUGGAUGACUGUCAACUACCUGAAAGGGAAUUUCCUAGAGAAAAAUCUAUGGAAUGCCUGGAUACAUCCUCAUGGGGCUAAGACAGUUGGGUCAUUGGACUUGGGUGGAGCCUCAACACAAAUUGCCUUUGCUACUUCUGAUGAUGCUAAAGGUGAAGAUAUCAUUAAGGUUUCACUCUAUGGCUAUGAAUACAACAUCUAUACACACAGUUUCCUCUGCUAUGGGAAGAAUGAAGCCGAGAAGAGAGUUCUGGCCAAACUUGCAAAGGAACCCACCAGCUGGGCUAAUGUGAAGCACCCCUGUUUUCCUACUGGCUACAAUACCACCAUGCUUGCAGAGGAAGUUUUUGGCAGUGAAUGUACAAAGAACAAUGUUCCUUCAAGAUAUAACCCAAAGCGUUCAAUUACUUUCUUUGGACAGAGCAACCCUGAACAGUGCAAAGCCUUGGUCAGGAGUAUCUUUGACCUCACAUCCUGCCAGGGAACAGAAAACUGCUCCUUCGAUGGAGUUUAUCAACCACCGCUGAGUGGAGACUUCACUGCCUAUGCAGGGUUCUACUGGACUGCUUUGGCUUUAAAAGUGAAUGGUUCCAAUAGCAUGGAGAAAUUCAACACAAACAUGAAGCUCUUCUGCUCAAACGAUUGGAAAAAUCUCAAGCAGAACUACGGGAACAAAGACAGCCAUCUCAAGUCCUUCUGCUACUCUGCAAAUUAUGUGCACACCAUUCUUGCAGAUGGUUACAAAUUCAACACAGACAACUGGGAAAAUCUGGAGUUUAGCAAAGAGGUAAAUAAUACCAGUAUAGCCUGGUCCCUGGGCUAUAUGCUUGCACUUUCCAACAUGAUCCCAGCCGAAGGGAAAAUCAUCAAGCUACCCAUUAACAAUGUUCUCUUUACUGGCCUCCUCCUGCUGUUUUCUGCUAUGACUAUUAUCACCCUCACAUACCUUGUCAUUGCACUGGCGCGCUACUGUUAUUGAGGUUUUGUCUGUCCGAAGUUCUCAUAUGCAGAACUAAUGUCCUACUUAGGGAGGUUUAGUAAAACCAGGAGAGACACC